AUGAUAUCUGCCUGUCAGGAUGGCGACCUGGUAACCGUUCGUGAUUCGAUCGUCAACAGGAAGUUCUCACCCACGAACGUAUCACGCAAGGGAGGUAGCUUAGCUUGGUACGCAGCACAGAGCAGUUCCACCGAGCUAAUGAAGUAUUUGAUCGAUCGUGGUGCAGCCGUACUCCAUCACGUCGGAUGUGAUGGCAUGACCGCCAUCAUGUUUCUGUACUGCGCGGGCCGUAAACCAGAGGCCCAGGAGGAAUUUCUCGCCAUAAUGGCCUGCAACUCCUUCACAGACAUUAACCGCCAGGGCCCGCGCGGAUAG